AUGAACGUAUUCGGUCAUAAAUUUUUGAGCCGAGGAAUCCACCCUGACAAGAAAAAAAUCGAAUCAGUAGUCAAUGCCCCAGCUCCAAAAACAACAGCAGAAGUAUGCUCCUUCCUUGGUGUCGUCAACUAUUGUUCGCGAUACGUCAAAGAUUACAGCACAACUACCUACCCCCUUCAACAGCCGUUAAAAGAGAAAACCAAGUUCCAUUGGGGAGAGGAACAACAAAGCAGUUUCGUGAAAUUAAAGGAUGCCAUCACCAGAGCCCCAAUCCUAGUUCAUUAUUCCAUUUCAGCACCAACUCGAAUAGUCGUGCACGCAUCACCUUGGGCUGUUGGCGCAGUGCUCCUCCAACAACAAUCCGAUUGCACCUACCGCCCAAUUGCAUUUGGAAGUCGUUCUCUUACCGAAACCGAAAUGAAGUAUUCACAAAUUGAGAAAGAGGCGUUAGCCGUUGUAUUUGGAUGCGAACACUUCCAUAUAUACUUAUAUGGCAAGUCCUUUGAAAUGGACACCGAUCACCGCCCACUUGAGUACAUAUUCAAACCCAAAUCAACCGGAAAACCAGCGCCAGCACGAGUAGAAAGAUGGUUACUUAGAUUACAGGAAUACGAUUUUACCGUGAUAUACAGACCAGGUCCACAAAACCUAGCUGAUGCACUUUCUCGGUUACCCAACAAGAUCCCGAUAAGUAAUAUGGAAAGCUGUGCAGAUUGA